UAUAAAACGUCUAAGAGGUAUGUAUAUAGCGUAUGUGUAUAAAAGCAAGCUGGACUGUAACGUAUCACUUCUGCCAUAACAAUGUUUGGCGUUUUAUUGGAACUUUUUACUGGCAGCAGUGGUCUGGUAUGGACACUUUUGGUUCUGGUUGUGGCAUAUUAUCUUUGGAAUAGGCAUCAGAGGCUGAAAUCCCUACCGCCGGGUCCUACACCACUCCCACUGCUCGGCAACAUACUUAACCUAGCUUCCGGUGACCAGCUAGAAACAUUCAGUAAACUGCGGGAAAAGUAUGGAGACUUGGUCACUCUGCACGUGGGGUCCUUCACCAUGGUUGUGGUCAAUGGUUACGACACACUACGAGAACUGUUUGUCAAGCACGGUGACGUCACAUCUGACCGACCUGAUCUGUUUGUAUUCAGGGAGAUAACGAAAGGCGAAGGAAUUGUGAGCAAAUCAGGGGCGGAUUGGAAAACGCAGAGAACGUUUGCUCUCGGAGGUCUGAGAGAUUUUGGCUUCGGAAAAAAAAGUUUAGAAGGGAAAAUAAUGGAGGAAGUGGAAAUAUUCCUCAAGAUUCUUGGCGAAAAGGAAAAACAACCCAUGCACCCAGAGUCUCACAUUCAGAUAAGUGUUGCGAACAUUAUAUGCGCCAUUUUAUUCGGGAAAAGGUUUGAACACAGUGACCCUACAUUUAUACAGCUCAUGGCCUUGAUAAACGAAAACGUCUCUCUCAAUGGACCUUCCGGACUUUUAAACAUCAUGCCUUGCCUCCGAUACGUGCCAGGAGACCCCCUAGGUUGUAGAAAAGUACUUAAUAAUGCAGAUAGAAUAAUAAAGUUCCUGUACAGUAUGAUUGAUGGUCAUCAAAAGGACUACGACGAGGAAAACCUUAAAGACUUCAUCGACGUUUACUUAAAGAAGAUAAAUAAAGAAGGACCUAACACGAUCUUUACAAGAUCUGAACUAAUGAACACAAUAGCCGAUAUUUUCUUCGCUGGGGUAGAGACGACAACCACAACUCUACUCUGGGCUAUCCUGUUCUUCCUCAACAACCCGGAUGUACAGAAGCGCUGUCACGAAGAAGUGAUGAAGGUGGUUGGGGAGGGUCGCUUUCCUUCCCUGUCGGACCGUUCACAAAUGCCGUACAUUGAGGCUACAAUCACAGAGAUUCUCAGAUGUGGGAAUAUCGCCCCACUUGGAGUGCCACAUGCCCCAAGUGAGGACAUAAUGUUCCAUGGACAUUUGAUACCGAAAGGGGCGAUGUUGUUGCCAAAUAUCAACUCUGUCCACUCCGAUCCUCUACUGUUCCCAGACCCGAGUAAAUUUAACCCAUCACGAUUUAUCGAUAGUGAUGGUAAAUUUAGCGGAACGGAGCAUGUUAUAUCGUUCUUCUUCGGUCGCCGUGUGUGUAUGGGUGAGGCCCUCGCCAGGUCAGAGCUGUUCCUCUUCCUCACAUCCAUGGUCCAACGGUUUCAGUUCACACCAGAGGAUCCGGACAACAUUCCGCCUAUCAAAGGCACUCUCGCAGCAACAUUAAAACCGUGUGCUUAUAAAUGUAGAGCGGAGAGGAGGGAUUAGAACGCGAGUAUUCUUAUCAAAGAAAUUUAUUUUGUUGUUGUCAUUGGUACGGAACAUAAUUGGGAUGAGUCCUUCCAACUGCUUAUGAAAGUGGACACACAUGAAAGCAUAAUAGGAAUAAGAACAUCAUAAUGGAAUCAGUGACAUAGUGAACCAUAUAAGGUUUGAAUGGGACUGUUUAUUAUAAAUGCUAAAUUUCAUAUAUCGUGAUUUGUCCUCCAUAUAUAUGACAUUUGAUAUUGUAUACUGUUGUAAAUAUGUUUUCUAUGUACAUUUAUAAUUUUGUAAAGAGAAAUAAAGUUGAAAGUUGAA